CUGUAACUUUGUGAGCCUCCAUCGUAUUAUAAUUAUCAGCUGGGUAUUCUAUGUGUGACCAGUGUUAACUUGAGGUAUGAAAUGGCGCAAGCCACCUUCUGGACAUAGGGACCAAAAGUACGGAUACAUGGUGGGGCUUAUCGAUAAAGAAAGGCGAUCGCAAAAAAGGGUUCCGAGUACCAAACGUACAGUCAUGAAUUGAAGCACUCGGGCGAAGGACCGAAGAAACGCAUGUCUAACCUUAGCCACGCCGCGCAGUAUAUUCGACGAGCAUAUGAAGUGACGACGAAACACUGUGCGCGGUCAUUGGCCUCCCGGAACCCUCAUCGACAGACCCUUAGAACCUUCAGCAUCAACCCGAGAGCAAUGGCAGACCAAGCGCGAGACUACAAGAGGUGGACCAAGGAGAGUCUGGUCAAGCGAGUCAAGUGCCUCGAAGAAGAACUCAAGCGCGUGGAGCCCAGCAACCCGGCGCUCGGCGGCCCGUCGCCAGCUCCGCCGGCUGAUGCGAUUGCCGAUGCUGCAGCCCCAGAUGGAAAGAAGCAGAAGAAGAAACGGAAGCUAGACCCCAGCAAAUACUCGACGAGACUCAUUGCGCUGAAGAUCGCCUACCUCGGAAAGAACUACAAUGGCUUCGAAUAUCAGACCUCGGCCUCUGUGCCCACCAUCGAGGAGGAAUUGUGGAAGGCACUGACCAAGAGCUGCCUCAUCUCGCCAGACAAGCCGGACGAGGUGGAUUUCGGGCCGUGGGAAUACUCCAAAUGCGGGCGGACGGAUCGAGGUGUCAGCGCCUUCGGCCAGGUCAUCGGGAUCAGGGUCAGGAGUAACCGGCCACUGCCUAGAGACGACGGGGACGCGGCAGACGACGAUAAGCCAGCAUGGGAUCCCGUCGCCGACGAGAUUGCCUACUGCAGAAUACUUAACAGGCUAUUGCCCGCAGACAUAAGAGCAGUGGCUUGGUGUCCAAACCUACCGCCGGGCUUUUCCGCGCGGUUCUCCUGCAGGGAGCGGCAGUACAGAUACUUCUUCACCCAGCCGGCCUUUGCGCCCAUGCCCUCGAAUAUGGAGACUGCCAGGGCCGGGGCGACGGUCAAAGAGGGAUGGCUGGACAUCCAAGCGAUGCGGGAAGCAGCCAAGAGCUUCGAGGGGCUCCACGACUUUAGGAACUUCUGCAAGGUCGAUCCGGGGAAACAGAUGACGAAUUUUAUGCGGAGAAUGUUCGAAGCGGACAUUGUCGAGGUGGAAGAUGUCCAGUCUGCUGUCCCCUUUCUGAACGGACCGGACUUCAGGCCCGACGGGGUUCCCGGUGCGCCGUACCCUAAGGUGUACUAUUUCCAUGUCAGGGGGUCUGCCUUCCUCUGGCACCAGAUCAGACACAUGGUCGGCAUCCUGUUCGCCGUUGGCCAGGGCCUCGAGCCGCCAUCAAUCGUAUCGGAGCUCCUGGAUGUGGAGAAGCACCCGAGGAAACCAAACUACGUCAUGGCGGAUGAGGUCCCCUUGGUCCUAUGGGACUGCAUAUUCCCAGACUUGGAUGACCCACUGCUGAAGGGAAACCACGAUACCGAUUUCUUCGAAGGUGAAAUCAAGGAUUCCAUGGACUGGUUGUGGCUGGGGGAAGACAGCCCCCUGAACCUAUACGGAUCGUCGGGUGUCAUAGACCACCUGUGGGGGCACUGGCGAGAAAAGAAGAUGGACGAGCUCCUAGCAAACAGGCUACUCGACUGGGCCUCGACGCGGGUGAGCCCGGUCCGCGCGACCCCGAUCUCGGUUCCGGGGCCGGGGAAACGGCCGGGGAGCCAGAGGGUGUUUGAGGGCGGCAACGGGGCCAAGUACGUGGGGAAAUACAUACCGGUUCUCAAGAGGCAGCUGCUGCAGUCGCCUGAGGAGAUGAACGACAAGUGGGCCCAGACCAAGGGCUUCGCGAACGCCGAGGAGCUGUCCAAGACGAAAAACUGGCGGACUGCGCUCAAGGAGGCCAAGAAUGAUGCUCGCACCGGUGCCGAGGCAGGGGAGGAGGGAUCCGUGGAGAUGGCAGAUGCUUCAUCUUGAUUCGCCUGGUAGGGGCGAUACUGCACAACCUCUUUGCAGUGUAUAUACAUCUAUAG